AUGACCAAACACACGCCUGAAUUCCUGCGCAAGCGGGCGUCCAACCUGUCCCUCCGAUCGGCCUCCAUGUCGAGCUCCUUCUACAGCACGCCCGCCCCGCCGAUGCCUACGCUUCUCCGUACAGACGACCCUGCCUCCUUCACGAAACCCUUCUGCCAUUUUCUAACCGAGAACCCGACCGUCUUCCACGCCGUGCAGUACUUCAAGGAUGCCUUGGGCGACAAGGGCUACAGCGAGAUGGCGCCGCGCGAUGACUGGACGGGCAAGAUCGCGCCUGGCGGCAAGUACUUUGUGACGAGGAACGGCAGCUCCGUGGUCGCCUUCUCCGUAGGCAAGGCGUACAAGCCCGGGAACGGCGUGGCCAUCAUUGCGGGGCACAUCGACGCGCUGACGGCCAAGCUCAAGCCCGUGAGCGACAAGCCCAGCCGGUACGGAUACGUGCAGCUCGGCGUGGCCCCCUACGGCGGCGCGCUCAACGCGACCUGGUGGGACCGGGACCUGAGCGUCGGCGGCCGGGUCGUCGUGCGGGACGAGCAGACGGGCAAGACGGGCGUCAGGCUGGUCAAGCUGGACUGGCCGAUUGCCAAGGUGCCCACGCUGGCGCCGCACUUUGGCGUCGGCAUGAUGGGCAACAACAACAAGGAGACGCAGGCCGUGCCCAUCAUCGGCCUGGAUAACCCCGAUGCCACGGCCGCCGAGACUAUCGGCGCGGCAGGCUCGUUCAUCUCUACGCAGCCGCCCAGGCUUGUCAAGCUUAUCGCGAAGGAGCUCGGCCUCAAGGACCCCUCCGCCAUUGUCAACUGGGAGCUCGAGCUGUUCGACACGAACCCUGCGACCCUCCUCGGCAUGGACAGGGAGUUCAUCUCGGCCGGCCGCAUCGACGACAAGCUGUGCUCGUGGGCCGCCAUGCAGGGCCUCCUCUGCUCCGAGGACAAGGACGACGACGGCGUCAUCCGCAUGGUCGUCCUCUUCGACGACGAGGAGAUCGGCAGCCUGCUGCGCCAGGGCGCCAGGGGCAACUUCCUGCCCUCGGUCAUCGAGCGCUCCGUCGAGGCCAUGUGCGCCGCCUCGGGCGCCUCCUUCGGGCCGGGCGUCCUCGGACGCACCUACGCCUCGUCCUUCCUCGUCUCGGCCGACGUCACGCACGCCGUCAACCCCAACUUUGCCGGCGAGUACCUCGAGUCGCACAUGCCGCGGCUCAACGUCGGCGUCGCCAUCUGCGCCGACAGCAACGGCCACAUGACGACCGACUCGGUGUCGACGGCGGUCCUGGACCGCGUCGCCUCCCUCCGGGGCUGCACGAACCAGGUCUUUAUGAUCCGCAACGACUCGCGGAGCGGCGGCACCGUCGGCCCCACGAUCAGCUCGAUGCUGGGCGUGCGCAGCGCCGACUGUGGCUUGCCGCAGCUGAGCAUGCACAGCGUGCGGGCGACAACGGGCGCGCUGGACCCGGGCCUGGGCGUCAAGUUCUUCAGGGCGUUCUUGGAGGAGUUUGAGAGGGUCGAUCGGGAGUGGCAUUGA